UCACUUGAAUACAAAGCCACUACAAUGGGUAACGUGUUGGCCAGUGCACCCCCACCCCCACCCCCACCCCAGUUGGCACCCACACCACCAGCGACUCAGACACCGGCCGAUGUGAGCGCCGGUGACAACGACCUGAACCCGGGAUCGAUGGAAGAGCUGCACAAGAAGUGCAAAGAGGUGUUUCCGAUGCCCUUCGAUGGCGUGCGAGUGGUGAUCACGAAAGGGCUGAGCAAUCACUUUCAGUUGACUCAUACCCUCAAUAUGUCGAACGGGGUGUCCGUCCCAUCGGGCUAUCGGUUCGGCGCCACAUAUAUCGGCACUAAACAGACGUCGCCCACAGAGGCCUAUCCCAUACUGUACGGCGAGGUGGACCCCCAGGGGAACCUCACCUCCAGAAUACUGCAUCUGUUUGGCGAUCGCGUCAAAGUACAAGCCGGCGCUCAGAUCCAGGAGUCCAAGUGCGUGAUGGCACAACUCACCACCGACUACAGGGGCCGCGACUUCACCGCAUCCCUCACUUUAGGCAACAUUGACUUAAUUAACUCGUCCGGAGUGGCAGUCCUUCACUACUUGCAAAACGUUAGUGAAAGAGUAGCCUUAGGGGGAGAACUCGCCUAUCAAUACGGCCCACAAGUGCCCGGAUAUGAAAUCGCCGCGCUAUCACUGGCCGGUCGCUACUCGUCUCCCAAUAGUUUCACAUUAAGCGGAACUUUAGGCAAUACCGGCGCUCAUCUCUGUUACUAUCAAAAGGGUGGCGAAAACAUUCAGGUUGGCGUAGAAGUGGAGACCAACCUAAGAGUGGCAGAGAGUGUGGCGACCUUUGGAUAUCAGGUGGAUCUGCCCAAAGCCAACCUCAUGUUCAGAGGUAUGGUUGACAGCAACUGGACGAUCGGCGCUGUGUUGGAGAAGAAACUACUGCCCCUCCCGUUCACGUUCGCACUGUCGGGUCAGGUGAACCACGUGAAGCAUGCGACCAGAGUCGGGGCCGGACUUUAUUUAGGUUAAUAGGCAUUCAAUUAAUAGACUAUUGCAUCCCCACUAGUAGUCAUAGAAGUCAUUAAAAUUUAUUUUAGCAUUUCUUUUAUUAAGAAAUAUUUCGAUUGAUUAUAUAUUAUAUAAUUUUAGUUGAGUUCGACUCCAGUUUCUCUUAAUUUUAAGGGAC